AUGGAGCCAGAGGAUUGUGAAUACAAAAAUACACCACUCAGUACCCCUUGUUCAUGCAAUGUCGAUAAUCAUCUCCUCAUCCCUUCCGUUUCCAGGGAUCAACCUAAAUCGGACAUUUUCAUUAAUGGAAUAAAGCUAACUACGCUCUGGGACACUGGAGCUACUUGUUCAUAUAUAAGCCCUAGGGCGGCAGCGAAGAUAGGUGUAGAAAAGAGGCGAUAUCAGGUGAGCGUACCCGUUCACAUGUUCGACGGCUCGGUGAGUGUCGCUGGACCCAUCACCGAGUUUGUCGAAGUCGGAUUUAGUUUGACGAAGGACGCCGAAGUGCGAUCUGUUUGUCUCGAUGUAACAACGCUCUGCGACGCAGAUGUUGUGAUAGGGUGGGAUUGGAUGAGGAAGGAAGGGGUUGUCCUUGAUGGAAGAGACAACUCGGUGAAAUUUCCCAUCCCAACCCCACCAAGUGCGGCGAAGUUAGCGGCCAUAGGGCUGCCAACUCCGACGGACGCGAUAGACCUCCGCGGCGAAGAUGAGCUUGAAGAGCUGAGCCCGGAGGAACAAGACGAGUUGUUCCAGGUAGUUCCUGAACAAUACCACCAGUACAUUGACGUUUUUAAUCCGAAGAAGGGAGGAGAGACCCUUCCCCCUUCAAGGUCCUACGAUUUGAAGUUUGAGCUUAAGGAGGGGGCGAACCUUAAGGUCGCCUCCCUCUAUGCUCAAGGAGAAGAUCAGAGACGCGCGCUGAGAGACAUACUAGAUCGCGAACUCGCCGCUGGCCGAAUUCGGGCAAGUAACUCGCCAUACGGCUCACCAAUGUUUAUGAUACCGAAGAAAGCCGAAGGACAAUGGCGAAUGGUCAUCGACUAUCGAAAACUGAACGAAGCGACCAUACCAGAUGCCUACCCUCUCCCUCUAAUAGGUCAAAUUACUGAGGAACUUGGAAAAGCAAGGUAUUUCAGCAAACUAGAUCUAAUCGGAGCAUACCAAUUGUUGAGGGUGACAGAGGGACAUGAACACCUGACGGCGUUCAGGACACAGUAUGGUAUGUUUGAAUCUCUGGUUGUUCGUGAUGGGCUGCGAAACGCCCCCGCGGUCUUCCAACACUUCCUAAAUGAGGUGUUUAGAGAGCUACUAGGGAAUGGAGUCGUGGUCUACAUUGACGAUAUCCUCAUUUAUGGGAAUACGUUGGAGGAAUUA